AUGCCCGUCCGUACUGCCGUCGCAUGUCGCCGAUGCAAUGCCCGCAAGAUCAGGUGUUUAGCACCAAACGGUGUCCCUUGUCUCAAUUGCGAUUCCGCAGGGGCAGAUUGCCAACUCAUUGAGUCGAGAAGGGGCAAGUACCCGCGUCACAGACGGCUCAGGCCAAACAAGCCCUCCACCGUGGACAAGGCUGAUGAGACACUACAGUCUUCGUCAACUUCCUCAAACCCACCACCGAUAUCUCUAUCGCCGCAGCAUAUAGUCCAUCUCCCUGCACUGGCGUCGCCGUCGAAUUCUCAUCGAGGCGCAGAGUUCGACGCCACUGACGCUCACGAGACUCUUGUGGCUGCCGACUCAGGAGAUGGCAACACCAACGCCGCCAACAUCAACAGCACGGCUACCACGCAAGACACGCCUGAAUCACCUGGUUUUCUCUAUGCCCGCAUCGCCGAAAAUAGUGCAAAUAACAACUCCACAUCAACCAUCACCGACACCAAUAGGACUGCCUUUCUCGGUGAGGCCUUUAGCCUCAGCUAUGUCGUUCACAAUGUCAUCGGGCCCUUAUUUUCCAGCUCGUCAAUUCAUCCCCACAGACUGCACUUCCCUUUGACUUGCCACGGCGAUGGUGAACCCGAUUCGCGCUCCCGAGUAGAUAUCGUGACAUGUCAGAUCAGCCAUCUGAAGUCUCAACGUCUCCUGUACUUCCCAUGUCGCGAAACACUCCACCUUCUCAUCGACUGCUACUUUGAGGCCUUUCACCCAGCCUUUCCUAUACUCGACGAGUCCUCGUUUCGCAGAGCCACCGACACAGGCGAGACUUCUCUGAUAGUUCUCAGCGCCCUUCUCAUGGUCGCCGUGAGUAUCUGCACCACAGAUGUCCUCCAACAGAACGGAUCUGUCAGCCGGUACGGCGCGCGGAGUAUCUACUAUCAUCAAGCAAAGGCUCUAUACGACGCAGAUCAGGAGCCCAGCAAAGUUGAUAUCAUUUUGGGCACCUUUUUGAUGAGCUUUUGGUGGGGAGGCCCCAAUGAUCCCAAGGACUCGUGGCAUUGGCUGGGAAUAACAUCGAACCUUGCAACGAGUCUUGGUAUGCAUCGAUCAACUCAAAACUCGUCCGUGGACUCUAAUACGGCGGCAAGGUGGAAGAGAAUCUGGUGGUCUAUCUAUAUCCGGGAGAACCUUGUUAGUGGCUCAAUCGGCAAGCCUCGUCACAUAUCGGAUUCAGACUGGGAUGUUGAGGCGCCAACAGAAGAGGAUCUCGAGAGCGUGGUUAGCUCCGAGAGGCCUGAACUUACCGCCUAUUUUAUAUAUAUGGCCCAUUUAUCCAAGAUAUUCGGUGGUAUUCUGUCCUCCAGAUAUGCAGCCUCCAAACCUGUAGAUUCGAGCAAAGGAUCUGAAGAUCUGGAGCAUGAUCUUCAACAGUUUCGUUCAGAGCUCCCAGAAACAAUGGUCUACAGGGGUCUUGGUCCAGAUCAACAAGGCCUCUGGGCCGCUAUGCUUGCAAUGGCAACGUGCUAUGCUACCAUACUUCUUUGUCGUCCACAGAAUGAGGAUCAGACCGGCGAGAACUGCCGAUGGGGAAACCGUCGGAAAGCUUUUGAUGCAGCGAAUGAGAUCACUCGUAUAACAGAAGAUAUCUUGGCAGACUCAGCGGGGAGGCUAUGCCAAAUACACACAAUACCAGCCCUUUUCAACGCUCUAGCUAUGCAUCUCCUCUCGCUCUGCGAAUCAAGGGAGUUGGAGAACUUCCAAGUCCGAAAGGGUCUAGCCGAAGCCCGCUCAGACAUUUGCAUGCUAGGCCUCGAAGUCCUACAGGAAUCUUGGCCUGUUGGAAGGUGGGUGUACCGCCUUUUUGCCAUGAUCAGAAACCGAAUGCGGGAGUAUGCACAGCCUGAACCUUCAGGGUUGGUGAAUCAACCAGCGCCAGCUUAUCCGUCUAUUCAACAGGAGGCGGAUCAGGAAGGAGAAGACAGUCGAGAUGACGUUCAAGAGGAUUCUCAAGGAUGGCAAGGUCAUGAAAAUGCCGAUCAGGGCGUGGUAGCCUCUUGGUUACCUACACCUCUGUAUUCAGCUGAGACUUUCUCGCCGCAUCAAUUCUUGGAUCUGACAGCCCAAAGUCUCUUGCUUGAGGAUUAUAUUCCUGAUAUAUUUACUUUCAGCUGA